AUGGCGACAUCUGCUACCAGUACCGCCCAAAAUACUGGUGACUCCAGAGACUCCGUUCAGUACUUACGAAAGAUUCUCACAUCCGAAUCAUCCCCUCUUGCCCAGCGAUUCCGCGCCCUCUUUUCUCUAAAACACGUUGCUUCAGAAAAGCCACCCACAGCGGAAACUCUUCCAGCUAUCGAAGCGAUUGCUGCAGCAUUUUCGUCUCCAUCCGCGCUACUCAAACAUGAAUUAGCGUAUUGUCUUGGACAAACCAGAAAUCUAGACACAGUGCCACACCUUCGCAAAGUUUUGGAGGAUCGUCACGAGGAUGCCAUGUGCCGACAUGAAGCCGCGGAAGCUCUGGGCGCGCUGGGGGAUGCUGGAAGUUUAGAUCUCCUACAACGUUUGCGCGAUGAUAACUCUGAAGAAGAGGUGGUAAGGGAAACAUGCGACAUUGCAGUGGACAGAAUAUCAUGGGAAACGUCCAAGGCCAGUGAAACUGAGAAAUUAAAGCCAAGCGAUUUUACAUCCAUUGAUCCGGCUCCUCCCCUCCCGCUUGCCGAACGAUCCAUCCCGGAACUGAAGCAAACGCUCCUCGAUUCAAGCCUCCCACUCUUCAAAAGAUACCGAGCCAUGUUCGCCUUGCGCGACCUUUGUUCCCCCCCAGAUUUACCCACAGCGGUUCCAGCAAUCCAGGCGUUGGCCGAAGGUUUUCAAGAUCGCUCUGCGCUGUUUAGACACGAGAUCGCCUUUGUUUUCGGCCAACUUUCCCACCCUGCUAGCAUUCCUAGUCUCACAGCCACGUUGAGCAAUAAAGAGGAAGUUGGUAUGGUUCGUCACGAGGCUGCUGAAGCACUUGGGAGUCUCGGAGCGGAAGAAGGGGUCGAGGAGAUCUUGAAACAAUUUCUCAAGGAUCCUGAACAGGUCGUGAGGGAUAGCAUUAUUGUUGCACUUGAUAUGGCUGAACACGAGAAAAGCGGGGAGCAGGAGUACAUCUUAUCGGAACAGGCGGUUGCAGCUUGA